AAAAAUGAUUCAUUUGGCUAUUGCGGAGCCCACUGGCUCUGCAUGGUAAAAGAACAGUCUAACUUAAGUUUCUUCUCCAAAAAAGGCUUCCUCACAUCGACUACUGCUUUAAACAUAUCUGAAGUCAACUUCCCAUGCACUGCAAAUAUAUCACACAGAGAACAUAGGUUCACAACAGAAGUAAGCGAAACUGCCUUGUCACGCAAGGAUGCCUGCAGUUUUCUGGAUAUGAGACUAAAUAAAUCACUUGUUGGAAAUCUAAGUUACAAAAUUCAUGUAUAUGAUAUUCGAGGGGAUAGUAAUUACAAAUAUUCUGUGAGAGGCACAGUGGUCAGAACAGAUAGUAAUUUUCAAAUGGACAUGAGUGGGAACCGUGAACUUUUUGACAGAUCUAUUCUUCAUCUGCUGCAGGAUAUUUUGGAGUUUAGGUUAAAAGUUUCAAACCACAAUGGAAAGAAAUAUUCACGAGAUCUUUCAAUUUUGAGGCAACUAGCAACCAAUAAAAUUGAUGUAGGAUCAACCACUAUUCUACUAACUUAUGAUCGAAUUGGAAUGGCAGAUUAUAGCAUUGGUGUGGACACAUUUAAACCACAACUUUUCUAUAAGGUCCAGUCACUUCGAGCUGCUCGUAACAUUUACUCUUUACCAUUUUCUCUGGAUGUGUGGGUCUCUCUGUUCUCACUACUUGUGGGUAUCACAUUUCUCCUUACUUUCAUACUGGGUAGUGAAACAAGGCUACCUAUUGCACAGUUUAGCCUUAAUAUGUUGGAGCAACCAUCAUGGGACUUGAGUGAAGUAAUGCUUGUUACAAUUGGUGCUCUAAGUCAGCAAGGUGCAGAUAGGCAUCCUAAUACGAUGGCAGCUCGGAUUUUAUUCCUUGUAUUGUUUCUGCUGGCUGUCCUGAUGUAUACAGCAUAUUCAGCAAGUGUAAUCUCAAUCAUGUCAUCCACAAAACCUGUUUCAAAUUCGCUGCAGGGUAUCCUUGAGAGCAGUUCCAAAAUGUCUGUUGCUCUUCAUGACAUCCAUUAUUAUCACACACAAUUCCAGAUUGAAAGAAAUCCACUAUCCCAAAAUUUACACAAACUGGAAUUGGUACCAGAAUUUCUAUCAUUAGAAGAGGGCUUAGAAGGAGCUUUAGAAGGGACUAUUGCUUUUUCAUGUGGUCAAGUUGAUGCCCAUACAUACCUACAAAACAGCCAACACUCAGAAGAAAGUCUGUGUGGUUUAGGUGAAAUUCCUAUUGUCAGUGGUGUUGGAUACCAAAGAAGUUUUGCACUGAGACACAAUUCACCAUUAAGAAAAGCAUUUGAUAAAGGGUUGUUAAGAUUGAUGGAGCAUGGGUUAGUCAAGAGAGAAUGGCAUCGCUAUUUUGGCAAACGGCCAGCCAGUGAGCUGCACUGUGAAGAAGCUAGUUCCAGUACCGGAUUUGUGAGAAUCACACUAGAUGACGUGUGGCCUGCAGUGAAAAUGUUUGGUGUGGGUCUGACAAUUGCAAUACUGCUGCUACCCACUGAGCUACUAGUGAGGCAAUGGUUGGUACUAUUAGCAAGCAAUGAUUUGUUGCCUCAGAAGAUGUUUUGA